ACUAGAUCAUUUCUAAUUGAAUUAGUGCAUGUGCAGCACUUGUGGGGCUGUGUGUCCCAUUUUUCUGAAAACUCAAAAUACAAGGAAAACGUCAUGAGCUGACGCCAGCCUGCCACCACUCUACAGCCGAGAGAGGCUGCAGCAGCAGAGAAACAAAGAAGCCCCUGUACCAUUCUCCCACUACAUGCUGCCUAAGAGCUGCAUUAGUACUGCUGCAAGAACUUCACUCUGCAUCGAGCUCUUCACGUAACCAUCAACAAGUUAACGUCUGAAGGAGCAUUUGACAAGAACAAAUAUUCAACCCUGCAUGGAACAAUCAGGAUGGCAACCGAAAGAGAAAGGGACCUAUUUCAAUCUAUUCUCUCUCUCCCCCAACAGGAAUAGCUUUUUUUUUUUUUUUUUUGCAUAAAAAGUAUCGAGAGGAAUUUUCUGUCUUCAGCAACAAAAGCAGCCUUCAGUGGUGAACUUAAAUAAUUUCAUCAUGGCCAGCUUGAUUCUGCUACACAUCGAGAGACCCGACACAGUUUCUGAAAAUCAAGUCACUCACUGGGCAUGGGCUGUAAAGCUCUGUUCUCCACAGGAAUAUUUUUUGGACUUGCAGAUCAGCGAGUCUGUAUAGGACAGAAGCUGAAUGCAGACCUUCAUGUUCCUAAAAGAAUGGGUUGGCUCCAUUCACAAUGCCCACUGAGACGUUCUACAUCUGUAUUAACACUGCCGACUCUUUAUGCAAUAAUUCUCCUUUCCAAAAUGUUGCCUGUUUUUGGCAUCACUUGCCCACCCAAAUGUCGCUGUGAGGAUCUGCUCUACUACUGUGACUCUCAGGGCCUUCAGGCAGUGCCAGAUAACAUUGACAAGAGUUCUCUGGGCUUGUCAAUCCGACACAACAGUAUCACUGAACUGCAUAGUGAUCAGUUUGCCUCAUUAACUCAGCUUACAUGGCUACACCUGGAUCACAACCACAUCACAACAGUGCAUGAAGACUCCUUCCAAGGGCUUUAUAAACUUAAGGAGUUAAUCCUCAGCUCCAACAAACUGGGUCACUUGCCCAAGGCCACCUUCAAUCAGCUCAUUAACUUACAAAACCUCGAUCUUUCAUUUAAUCAGAUGACAUCACUAGAACCAGAGUUAUUUAAUGGGCUGCGGAAACUACAAACUAUGCACUUGCGGUCCAAUUCCUUACGUAAUAUCCCCAUUAGGAUUUUCUGGGAUUGCCGCAGUUUAGAAUUCCUAGACCUAAGCCACAACCGUUUGCGAAGUCUUGCACGCAAUGGAUUUGCUGGGCUAUUAAAACUGACAGAGCUUCACCUGGAGCACAAUCAGCUGACAAAGAUCAAUUUCGCUCAUUUUCCACGGCUCAUCAGUCUCCAUACGCUAUACCUACAGUGGAAUAAAAUUAGUAACCUGACAUGUGGGAUCAUGUGGACAUGGGAAAGCUUAAAAAAGCUUGAUCUCACAAAUAAUGAGGUAAAAACAAUAGACCUAACAGUUUUUGAAACAACUCCAAACCUUCAAACUGUUUUGCUGGAUAAUAACAAGUUGACAACCCUGGAUUUACAGAUUUUAAAUUCGUGGAAAUUGCUAACGAUGGUGGGACUUUCUGGCAACCUCUGGGAAUGCAGUCACCAAAUCUGUGGACUAGCAACAUGGCUAAGCAAGUUCAGAGGACGAUGGGAACACCCAAUACUGUGUCACAGUCCUGCACACACACAAGGGGAGGACAUCUUAGAUGCAGUACACGGGUUUCAGCUUUGUAAAAACUUAACAGCUACUGUUACAUCCAUGGCUGUGUACUUCACAGAUGUCACUCAACCAAUGGAGAAUGUAACAGAAUGUGGCACAAGCCCUACACAAACAACUUCUCAAACAUCUGAAACGCACAGCCAAACCACCACGAACCUUGCAGUUACAGUAGGUGACAGUGAUCUUACUGAAAUUGACAACACCAUUCUAACUCAAAAGGUGGUGAUGGGUACAAUGGCACUUCUGUUCUCUUUCUCUCUCAUUAUUUUUGUUGUGUACAUCUCUCGAAAGUGCUGCCCCCCCACUCUGAGAAAGAUAAGGCAGUGUUCAGCCAUUCAAAACCACAGGCAGCUUCGGAACCCCACAAGGUCGGCCUUGUCAGACUUAUCUUCUCAAGGUGCAUACAGUGAAUAUGAGCCCACUCCUGAAGGAGGAUCUCUUGUCAUUAUCAAUGGAUAUGGACAGUGCAAAUGCCAGCAACUGCCUUAUAAGGAAUGUGAAGUCUGACAUACACAAGCUGAAAUGUACAGUUGUUUCUGAAGGACACACUAAAUGCGUUUUUUUAAAGGUACAAAAUUAAACUUAACAGAUUUUUGUCAAAUGUGAUAUUAAGUUUUGCAGUGACAAUAAGAUACAUAGCUUUUCUGUAAAUGUUAAUUCCAGUCUAUCUUUCACUGCAGUCAAUUACUUAAGCUGCUUACUUCUGACGUGUUUCCAGAUGUGGACAAUAAAGCUAACUGCUCUGCUGGUACUCUAAUGACUAAACAAGCAAGACACCAAUAGUAGCAAAAAUGCUUGUACAUAUAAAAUAAAUGCUACAAUGUUGAAAAAUAAAAAAGGUUUUGUUUACCUAGUAUACAUAAAAUACUGCAGUUCUGCAUGAGGGUGGCAAACACUCCUUUAGACACUAUAUUCAGUUAAGGCUAUUUGUUCUUCCUGAUCUCACAAGUGCUAUACAUAAUCUUAUCAAUGAAAACAUGUUCAAAUGGUAGAUAUUAGCACCCAUGGGUCAAAUUUUAAUACACUCCUGGAAUGCAUUACCAUAUUAAUUGCUAAAUCAAACCAAAAAGGGUCUCGGGACACUGCUGACAACUCACUGGAAACAGAUCAGCAUAUUUUCUACAAUAAGCAAUGGGGCAGAAAGGGCAUACCUGUUGUCAGUGCAUGGCCACAACACUGGCAGUGAGAGCUGGGGUCACUCAGAGCACAACCCCAAGUGUACAACACACACAACUCAAUAAAAUUGCAGGGUUUACAAAUAUGUCAAGUGCAUGCAGAAAGGUAAGCAGUGGACACGUAUUUAAGUUAAGCAUUUAUAAACGGGCAGUCAGUUUUACAAAUUGUUACGCAUGAAUAGCAACCAAAGGUUACUCAGACGUUCAAGUAAUCACCACUCAGCAGAACAGUUCUAGUGCGGCGUUAGUAGUACAGAUCUUUUACAAAACCCACAGCAUGCAGACAUUAAGACCAUUUAGCAAAAAAUGCUACAACAGCAGCACUCUAUUCAGUAAAGGCAACUAGUGUUACAGCAGAGAGACUGCAAACAUCAGACACUUCCCUCCUACCCCACACACGCACAUAUACACACACACCAACUGUAGAUGAACGUCCCAUGAAAAAGCUGAUAAAUGAAUCCCUCAACUGAACAGAUGCACUGAAUGGCAGCCUAAUCUUCUACAUUUUCAAUGGCAAAUACAUGGAGGAGAAAACUGUCGGUUACAAACAUUCAAAGACUAAGCUGUACACUGAAGCUGUACCUUCACAUUAUGAGACAAACUCCCAGCGCCAUCUCAAGCAACAUUUUGGAAUAAAGCACAAUAUGACACAGCAAGAGGGGGGGGGUGUAAAAGAGAGGGUGAUGGGAAGUCAUUUCAAAAUUGUUGUAUUUGCAAAGCAACCUUUUACACCAAGGAAACAGACCUAGUAACAAUGCUGGCUAAUUCUAACAGAUUUCUUUGUCAGCUACCAUACCAAAUAAGCAUUUAAGUCUAACAGUUGAGGUUGUUUGGGAAACCUGUAUUAAAUUGCUGCAUUUACAGAGAAGGUACAAAUUGGAGAAAUUAAAAUUAUCAGUUACCCCCGGUGAUGGGUCCGAAAAUGUAAACAUUUUCUUCAGCGUAUUCUUUUCAGCUUUUUUUUUUUGUUAUUUGUUUAAACAGACGUCUUCAGUAUUUACAAAACAGAGCUCCUGAGAGACAAAUCAAUCGCUAAACAGUGCAAUCUACAUCAUAGAAAAGUAAGAAUGGAAGCAGAAAACGCUUCAGUCUACCAAUAACUCAUUACUGUACAAUCAAAAAAAUGCAGAUAGCAACUGGACAUUUUAAAGCAUGAUCACUUUACAAAUUAAGAUGUUCAUCACCUUAAAAUAGUGGCAUAUAGGCUGCUCAUCUGGAAGAAGGGCAUUUUUAUACAGGCAGCUCUAAUCAGUUACCAUUUCAGAGUUCUAAUACACUGAUACUAGGAUAUGCAGAAACUACUACACAUUCACAGGCUAAAUAACUUGCUAAAGGCUAGUAUCACUAUGCAAUGCGAGGGCAAAUGACAACUAUACUUUAGGAUAACUUAGAAACUGUUCAGAAUGCUGUACCAUUGCUAGAGCCCAGGCAUAUAUUAUAUAUACAUACACACAC